AUGAACCCGUUGAAGCUCAACACCACUUCGGUGUCAUUCGCCGUAACGCCAACCGUCGUAUCCACCCUCUUCUCACAUUAUCUCAACCGCAAGGUAUCGAAGCAGCGACCGGAUGCCCAUUUGUCCUACGACGAGGGCCUGCACCUCGUCCGAUCAUUCCUCGAAUUCGCUUCUCACCACACCGUCGAGGAACUGCAGGCGUUCACGGCUCAAUGGGUUCCUCAUCCACAAUGGGUCAAGGUCGAGGACGUUGCGAUCCCUGAGGCCCAGAUUGAGAGAUCCGCUGAACUGAUUGAGGGACAAUUGGGGCCCGCAGGCGUCCAGGCGGUGGGCGGUCGGAAAUGGUGGAAAUGGCGGAAGCCGCAGAGCCCGCUCAAGGCCGAGUGGGUCGAGAUGCGAGCCGACUACCACGAGCGGAAGAAGAACGGCGGCGCGACCAAGAGGGUGAUGCUCUACGUCCAUGGAGGAGCCUACUUCUUCGGCAGCGUUGACGAGCACCGAUACCAGAUGCAGCGGCAUGCUCGCAAGCUGAAGGCGAGAGUGUUCGCACCGCGUUAUCGACUGGCGCCGCAGUUCCCCUUUCCCUGCGGCUUACAGGACUGUUUGGCGGCCUACCUCUACCUACUUACCGUUCAGGAUCCCACCACUAUUGUGCUGGCUGGCGACUCAGCGGGUGGCGGUAUGGUCUUGUCCAUCUUGUGCAUCCUGAGAGAUCAGGGCAUCCCACUUCCGGCUGGAGCCGUCCUCAUCAGUCCGUGGGUUGAUCUCACCCACUCAUUCCCCAGUGUCUCUGGCGAUAAUGCGCUUGACUAUAUCCCGUCUUCUGGUUUCCAUCACAAGCCAUCCAGGGCUUGGCCGCCCCCGAACGAGGACGACAUGGAGAUGAUGAGAGAGCAGGCCAUCAAGGCACGAGCGGGCAAAGAGAAGAGUGCCACGAAACUCAAUACUCUUGAGAAGAAGCAGGCUCCACCGAUUGCUUUGAACGAGGAGGGUGGAGCCGUGGAGGGUAACCCCAACUCUUCGGAUAACGGAGAUCCUCGCAAGACCGCGUUGCAGAUAUCUGUGACUAUCAACGGCGAGCUCAUUACAGUCAAGGAUCAGAUUCAGCUUCAGUUGUACACGACGAAUGCUUUGCUAUCGCACCCGUUGGUCAGCCCUGUCAUGCAGCCAACCCUCGGUGGGCUCCCGCCGCUGCUGAUUAUGGUGGGAGGUGGUGAAGUUCUCCGCGACGAGCAGAUCUACCUUGCACACAAAUGCGCCAACCCGGCUAAAUAUCCGCCACCUGGUCUCGACAAAGCAGGCCUGGCACAGUUGCAGCAGUAUAAGCCCACGGAUGUACAGCUCCAGGUCUGGGACGACCUCUGUCACGUGGCCCCGACUCUCAGCUUCACGCGGCCCGCCAAGCACAUGUAUCGAGCGGCUGCGCAGUUUGGCGCCUGGGCCCUUGCGAGGGCACAACAGGCAGAGGUUGAGAUCUUGGAUGACGACGACAUUUCUGAGAUUUCAAGUUCGGCCUCUGAUUCCGAUAAUCCUCAUCAAGAACAGACAGAAACCCCAUCUCCUCCAGAAAAGGUCGGCAAGGCCGGUAUGCCACUACCGUCGUUCAAGAAGCAUAUGAUCCGACAGAGAAUUACCACUCACGGCGUUGUCCAUGAUCUUGCUCCUGAAUCGGAACUGCCAGGCUGUACCAUGAAGUUGGAAGAUGUUGGUCUUGUUAAGGAAACCCCGGUCAGGAGAUGGCUCAACACCAAGGCCCAGUUCGACAAGAAAUUUUCAAGCGCCAAGGCAAAAGUACACAAGUCUAUCAUCAAAGAUCUCGCAGAUGGCUAUAUAGACUUUGGUGACGGUGAGAAGCCACCACCAGCUGCCCUGGCAGGGCGAAGGAAAGCAUCGGAGGAGUUGAUCGACAGGAAGAAGACCAAGAGCAUUGGUUUAGCGUUGUGGUCACUUUGGGGCUCAAAGCACGACGAGACGACAAUGGGAAGAGAGAAGAAAGGGGGCUCUGAUGCAAAGACGAAUUUUUCACAGGUCUCGCCGAGAGGUGGCGAGGGAGCCAGGUCGUUCGAAGAUGUCGAGAACCAGGAGCCAGUACCGGUUGAGUCGCCCGGAACUACGAGACGGGUUGUCAUGGAUGAAAACCAGACAUUGCAAGCAUCCGACUCCCAAGUUGAAGAGUCUCUGACCACCGCGGCAGAAGAGACCCCGGUGGCUGCUCUCAUCGAGAUGAGAAAAGAGCAGGAAAAGCAGAACGAGGAGGCCGCUAGUGCCGCUGGUCACCAAGAUCCCGACUUUGUGGCUGGGACUGGCGUCGCCGGUAAGCGGCCUUUCCUCGAUGGCAUCGCCUUGCCCUUCAGUCUUGGCAAGAAAGACGCAGAGACGGCGAGCAUGAUGACGCUUAUGUCUGGAGGCGACAGUCGACCGAUCAGUCCCAUGCCGCCUAUGAGCCGAGCGGAGACUUCUGACCUCAAUGGGGCAUCCGCUUCCGAGGCCACAACGCAGGUCGCCGAGGCUGAGCACACCCGUCCCCAGCUCGACAACUUUGUCACGGCGGCAGAGGAUCUCCCUCUUGCAAAGGGCAAGGGAAAGGAGGUUGUUAAUGGGAACGUUGAGCAGACUGCGUAA